CAAUGGAAAAGGUUCCAGAUUCUAAGGUCCCUGCCAUCCUGCAGCCUCUAUAUCUGCACUUACAAAACCCAGAACCAAGCCUGACGCCCUUGUGGAAUUUGGGUCAUUUGACCCUUCCUGUCUGAUGCCCACCUGCCCGGAUUACUGGACCUACUCGGGCUCUCUGACUACCCCGCCCCUCUCCGAGUCCGUCACCUGGAUCAUUAAGAAGCAGCCAGUAGAGGUUGAUCAUGAUCAGGUCAGGUACAAAAGCAACCACUAGACCCCUCUACCCAGGGCCAGGUGCCUGGGACCAGCAGUGGGAAGGACAGAGACUUGAACUUCCCCGGUCCUUCAGAUAGCAAGGGCGGCCCCGCCCACUGCCUCCACCUGGUGAUGUCCCCGUGUCCACGUGGCAAGCGCCUGGCCGUUGCAGGGUCCGUUGGCCAGAGGGUCCCGAGGGCCCAACGUCUCGCGUGCUUUCCUGGCACUCUGACGCCAACGGUCACCGGCCUCUGUGCCCUUCAUCCGGGGCCUUCUCCCCAGACAUCGGAGACUUGAGCAAGCCAAACUUGCCUUUGAAGCCACCUGCCCACCGCACCACUGUCAUGGGCAACUGCCUGAGCCGAUACCUGGGCACGCCCGAGGCCUCACAGCCGGCCGAGGAGCGCUGGUCCCUGCAGCCCGGGCCAGCCAGCCGCGCCCAGGCCCGGGACCACUGCAGAGUCCAGUACGUGUAUCGGCAGCGCUGGGUCCGCACCCAGGCCCUGCCCAGCGUGCCGCCCGGCUGGAGCUACGCCCAAAUCCGCAGGGCCCUGGUCCCCGAGGCCUGGAGGCGCUUCCCCAACGGGCUCACACCCCAGAGCACUGUGGGGCCUGAUCUCUCCCACAGUCGGCUGGCUUACAUGAAGCGGUGGCUUUGGAGCGCCCGCAACCCGCGUCCGAUCCGCAGCCCGGUCACGGUCAAGAUCGCUGCCCCGCAGCGCCCAGGCAGCAUCUACCGGUCCCCGCCGGCCGAGGAGAGCCCAGACCCCUGCGCCACCGAGUCCGUGCCCAGGGCCCUCAGGCCAUGCCAGAAAGGCAAAAGGAAGUUCGACGGGCCGCUCUGGUUUGAGGUCCCGGACCCCAAGCUAAGGAAGAAGGGCCCGGAGCCCCGGCCAUCUGCCUUCAGUCCCAUGAGCGGAAACGGCGUGGUGCCCGUCUUCGUGCCCAGGCCUGGGCCGCUCAUCGCAGACCCGCGCCGCUCGGGAGCCGAGAGCCAGAGGAGGAUGGGCCUGCGCCCGCCCGGCGCCCUUCCCGCCGCCUGCCCGAUCUGCCAGGGGAGCAGCGCCGCCGCCGCCGCCGCACCACCGCAGCCUGGAGCCCGGCCGCCCCCCGCAGGGCCUGCAACCUGAGUUCCAGUGGCCCUGAGCACACCCAGCCGCCCGACGCCCCAGCCCGCGGCCCCAGCUUCCCCGCCAGCCCUCGCAUCCCCCGCCCGCUUCUCCUUGCCCUUGGAGUCCGCCCUCAAGUUUUCCAAGGUUUCGUUGCUCUCGCAACCCUGGCCUCUCCCCUGCCCACCCGCACCUGCCCUGCCCCCUGCCCACCUGCACCUGCCCUGUCCCCGGUGUGCUCAGUUUGCCUAGCUACAGUUCAGUAUCCAAUGAUUCAUUGGUAGUAACUGAGCAGUAAUGAUCAAUUGUUAUUAAUAAAAUGCAUUGGCUCU